AAGACAUCAAUUCAUCCCACCAAAACUCCUCCGUCUCUCCUAAUCCCACCAGCAACGAGAUUCCUGAACCUUCUGGUCUUCUGCUGUGCCGCUGCCAUGGCCACAGUCAUCUCAAGGCACCGUUGCCUUAACGGCCAACCCUGGCAUUCUCCUUUCAAAGUCUUCAUUCCUACGGUCUCUCAAACACCAUCAGCAGCACGCUCAUUUGCCACCACCAACGAUGACCUCCCCAUCAUUCGGCCAAACAGCAAGCCAACUUCCUUCGCCGACAAGCUCAAUGCUGGACCUGCUUUUUCAGAUUUCGUCUCAGGUCGAGAGCCUCCCCUCAAGCCUUCUGAAGCGUAUGAGCUCAAGACCGCCAUGGUUGGACCAAAAGGCAAACAGAAAAAAAUCACCCGCCUGCCCUCCUGGCUGAAGACCCCAAUUCCAGACACUGCCUCAUUUAAAAAGAUCAAGAACGACCUCCGUGGUCUGAAUCUACACACCGUCUGUGAAGAAGCCCGGUGUCCCAACAUUUUCGACUGUUGGGGUGGCAGCAGCAAAUCCGCCGCCACUGCAACCAUCAUGCUGAUGGGUGACACUUGUACAAGAGGGUGUCGUUUCUGCAGCGUCAAGACGUCCAAGGCUCCUCCCCCUCUCGAUCCUCACGAACCCGAACAUACCGCCGAAGCGCUUUCCCGCUGGGGUCUGGGAUACGUUGUUCUUACAAGCGUGGAUCGAGAUGACCUGGCCGAUGGUGGCGCCCAUCAUUUUGCCGAGACUGUUCGUAAGAUCAAGACAAAGGCUCCUACAAUUCUCGUCGAGUGCUUGACGGGCGAUUAUGCUGGCGAUUUGGAAAUGGUAAGCCUGGUGGCCACUUCCGGUCUCGACGUCUACGCCCACAACGUCGAAACGGUUGAGGCUCUGACACCCCAAGUACGAGAUCGCCGAGCCACCUUUCGUCAAUCGCUCGCCGUGCUCAAGGCAGCCAAAGCUGCCAAGCCUGGACUUAUCACCAAGACUUCGAUCAUGCUAGGCCUCGGCGAGACCGAAUCUCAGGUCUGGGAUGCUUUGAAAGAACUCCGAAAUAUCGAUGUCGAUGUCGUCACCUUCGGCCAAUACAUGCGACCCACCAAGCGCCAUAUGCAGGUCCACGAGUAUGUCACGCCAGAUGUAUUUGAGCUGUGGAGACAGCGCGCUCUCGAUCUCGGCUUCUUAUACGUUGCCAGUGGUCCUCUUGUGCGUAGCAGCUACAAAGCCGGCGAGGCUUUCAUUGAAAAUGUUCUCAAGAAACGACGGGCAGGACGGAUUGAGACUGCAACCGCCACCAUCGCCGACGAGAUCAAGGUUGAUCCAACAAUCGUUUAAGUGGAACUUCCUCCUGCUUCGUGCUCUGUGCAAACUUGGAUCAUUCUCUAAACCUGGAGCCGAAUCUAUGAGAAUGGGUCACCUGUAUAUAAGCCAAUGUAUGCACCUCUCUGUGCAGUCUAGAAAUUGGGCCGAGUACGACUUGCGAUCACAUGGAGUUGAUCACGCAAGCUUCUUCCUCUGUGUACAGAUAUAACUCUCUCCGUCCAUCCUGAAUUGCUUUACAAACGUUGACGCAAAUGGUUUCUCCGGACAAUCAUGUGCGAAAAGGAUUAGAGGGCACGGAGGGAGCAGGUCCAGCUGCGUUCACAUGAGACUACCCUCCAGACAGUAUUCUGAAGAAACAACAAGCCGGACAAUAACUGAUGUCUCAUUGCACUUUCAUAACCUGAGGGUUUCCAAAUGUCCACGUUGGCGUAAUCAGUACCCUACUGAUCCUCCAAAACUCGCCAUCUCGCACAAUAUCACACUCGUACUGGUUGCCAUUGAAGAAGAACUCUUGGUAUUCAGGGCUUGGUCCUUCACCUCCUCGGAAAUGCUGGGCAAGAAUGCAGCUCGUCAAGCUGGCACUAUCACCAUUCACCGUACAUCGAAUGUUGGUGGCACAGUGGGUGGUGUCCAACGGUCUUCCGACGUGUGCCAUGAGAAUGUCGACAAUAUCAUCUCGACCGCGAACCACUCGAGGCGUCAUGCCGGCUUUGGCAAAGGGCGAAAGAUCCAUUAUUGCAUAUUCCGACAAAGACGACGCCGAAAGCUCUGAGUCGCCGUUAUCUAGCGCGCAGACGAACCGCAUCACUGCAUCGAUGGCAGCUUCUCGGUCGGUCAGACCUCCAAAGUUGGGCAUUUGUCUUGCUUGUGUGGCUUGGGGCAGUGAAAGUGGUUUCAGAUGAAUGAACAGGCUAGACCUCCUCGACUCCAAAGGCAGUAAAGUGAAGAUAAAAAAACGGUGGCUCUUGUUCAGCUUUGAGGACAGAGUAGGAUUCUAGACAUGACAGACCUUGAUCGCGAGCCUAUAAAGGCCUACUUAGAAUAUGAAGUUGUUCGGUCACCGGACCCCUGUCCCCCCCUUCAAGCCAAAUCAAUCAGUUGCUCGAAACAAAUUAUUAACGACCCCACUCUGCUCAAUCCCCAGGAUCGAAAAUCUUCUUGAGACGGAGAUACCGGAGUACGUCACCGAAGGCCACGCCUCUCUGUCGGCGACCAGCAUCGGAAAAAUGGCAUUGUCUGUAAGGCUCUUCGCUGUGUUGGGGAGGCUUAAGCACAACUGGCUUCUCGUUGCGACAACUGAAAGUAUUGAAUCGCAUUACCUUUCAGCAUGCCCCGGCCUAUGUACUCUAACAUAGCACCUUGUUUGCCAGUGACCGAGUCAACACGACAAGCGUUGAUGACGCUUCUGUGUGUGACCUCGUGCUCGCUAGAUAGGAAAGGCCAUGGUGUGAGGUCGCUCAUGAUCCGUGAUCACGACAUAGUAGACAGAUUGUCGUUCAGAUGGCAGAAUCUUUCACCUCUAGGCCCACUCUUUGACCCUGUACAAUGGACAAUACCACUUUUGCUGUCACUUUGAGAGCAGAGGGUAUCCUAAAGCUUUGCGUUGACUUUCCCCUCUAGUUCC